AUGGAUGGCCCGUCAGAUUAUGUAGUCGACCAUUUCGAUUCGGAUAGCUCGCCUUACUCGGUUCGCCCAUUGCCACCGGUUCUCCGCCAUGGCCUCGCCGCGGUGGCGGCCAUGGGGUUUCUCUCCUUCUUCACUAGCCUCGGUUUGUUAGCGUUUCUCACUUACAAACUGAUCCAAUGGCAAAACGGCUCACCAACCACGAAGAAGGAGGAUCUCAUUACCAAGGUGGAGUCGCCGAAACCGACAGACGCUGUGUUCAUCAUUCCAAGCAACUGGGCUGCAGCUACUGAAGAAGAAAACUCGAAGAAGGAGAAGGAAAGUUGGUUGCAAAGGGCCAUCAACGAGCCGCCGAAUCAGUUUCUCGUCUUAAUCUUCAACCUGCUUCUCGCCGACAUCCAGCAGGCGCUAGCCUUCCUACUGAACGUAGAGUGGCUGACGAGAAACGCCAUUGAAGUCGGCACGGGCACCUGUUGGACCCAAGGAUGGUUUGUCUCGACCGGCGACCUGGCGUCCUCCGUGUUCAUCACUGCCAUCGCGAUCCACACAUAUAUGUCGAUUGUCUCGACGAAAAAGAUCCCGACGUGGGCCUUUCAUGCAGCAAUUGUUAUGAUGUGGGGUUUCGUCUACGGGACAGGGGUCCUCGGCAUAAUCAUCACAGAGAACGGGAAGAGUGAGGGCGGUCUCUAUGUGAGAGCCGGCGCUUGGUGUUGGAUCAACUCCAAGUAUCAAGACGUUCGCUUAACACUGCAUUACCUUUGGAUCUUCCUCUCCCUAAUCCUUACGCCUAUAAUCUACUUAAUAAUAUUCUUUCACUUACAAAAGUUGGCUCGGCAAAACGGCGGCGUUAUAUCGUGCUGUUCCCACUCAUCAGGGGCGGCGCCAAGCGCAUCGAGUUGCAGCUCCUCUAGUUCAGGCACAACAUCAAGCUGUAAUAACCACAGUACGGUAUCGCGAGCGAUUUGGCGUCCACUGAGUGUGACGAAGAUUCUCAGACGGUUACCCGGCAUCCCAGAUUACGCACGACAGCACACCUUUCUCUUGUACCCUCUGGUCUAUGUCAUCUGCACCAUCCCUUUGGCUGCUGGCCGAUUCGCCUCUAUGCUUGGCCACGAUAUCUCUCUAGGAUACUUCUGCUUUGCGGGAGCCAUGAUCGCUUGCAACGGUUGGAUGGACGUUGUUCUUUACUCAUCGACACGACGAUCCAUCGUCUUCUCAUACGAAGGACCGCCAUCGCAAGAAGUUGGCCUGGAGACUUUCUCAUUCAUGUGCGGCACACCUCCAAAGUUUGGCAACACAACCAUUGUCAUGGGAGGUUCUCCUCCGGAGCAAAAGCGGGCAAAGAGAUACAACGAGUGGUACGAGAAGGUUGCCCGCAAGGGCCCAAAGUCUGGCGGUUUGAAAGCGCUCAAAGUUGAAGGCGCCGAAGGUAUAGACAGCAUGAAAGGAUUCGUCAUGGGAGAGGGAUCUAUCACGGGCAUGGGGAUUCAAUGCAAGACCACCACGACAGUCUCCGUCGAGGUCAACACCUUGGCAUCACCUACGCGGCCGAAACUUGCGGCUGUAGGCAGGAAGUUGAGCGAUGCCAGCAGCUUUAGUGUUGGCUCAUCGAUAAGUGUAGAAACUACCAAGGAAUGA